CUGCCGAGUAGAGAGGCUUCCUCUCCCUAGAGAUUUGCAUACAUCCACUUCCUGCUUUGAGAGCCUGCUCUACCACUUACCUGGACCUGGAGAGGGCGAGGGAGGUCUGAGCAGCCCAAGGUGGAGCCCCGCGAGCUAGAGCUAGCGACCACCCCCUGGGGCUGGCUGUGUGUGGACAUCUUAGAAACUAGGAUGAAUCGAAGCAUUCCGGUGGAGGUGGAUGAAUCAGAACCAUUCCCGAGUCAGUUGCUGAAACCCAUCCCAGAAUACCCCCCGGAAGAGGAAUUGGAACCACCUGCUCCAAAUACAAUGAACAUGGCGCCCAGAGGCUUGUCUGCACUCCGAUGCCCUUCCCUGAAACUUGCCAAUCACCAGCCUGUGUCACAGCAGGUGGCCUGCCUGCGCACCAAAGUCCUGGAGGAGAGUGAGGCCAGUUUCUUUAGAAGGCACCCUGAUCCUGGCAAAGGUGUUUCCUUGUGCUGGUCCGAAGCCAGCGAGGCUGAGGCUGAGGCUGAGGCUGAGCUGGGAGCCCUCUCUCCAGAGCACCGGUUUCCACUUACGGAAAAACGCACUGGAUGGCUGGGAUCUCAGCUUUCAGCAGCUUCUCCCGACACUGGCCACGACUCAGACAAAUCGGACCCAACUUUAUCUAAUGCUUUGGCAGACUCCUCCAGUGGUGGCCAAGAGACGAUGUCCCGGCCUCGGCCCCACAGGAACAGAGCAGCCCCAGAUGUGCCCACGAUAGACACCGGGUAUGAUUCCCAGCCCCAAGAUGUCUUGGGCAUCAGGCAGCUGGAAAGGCCACUGCCCCUUACCUCCACAUGUUACCUGCAGGAUCUCCCUGGGCCUCUGAGGUCCAGAGAGUUCCCUCAGUUUGAACUGCAGAGGUAUCCAGCGCAUGCGCAGAGGCUGCCUGUCAGUCCUUCCCCACAAGUGCCAUGGAACUAUCAGUACCAUUGUGCCGGAGGGCCCUAUCACCAGGUGCCAUAUGGUCCUGGGUACCCUCCAGCAGCCUACCAGCAAGUCAUCCAGCCUGCUCUGCCUGGGCAAGCCCUUCCUGGGGCAAGGAUGAGAGGUCAGCACCCUGUGCAGAAGGUCAAUCUGAAUUACCCCAGCCCCCAGGACCAAGAAGAGAGGCCUGCGCAGAGAGACUUCUCUUCCCCAAGGCUCCUAAGGGACCAGCUCUACCACCCACCUUCCAAUGGAGCUGGAACGCCCGAGCAGUCCUUGGACCAUCCUGCAGAGCUGAGACCACAAGGUCCCCAGGCAGCACCCCCAGCAGCUGUGCCUAGACCCCCUAGCAACCCCUUAGCCCGAGGAACUCUAAAAACCAGCAAUUUGCCAGAGGAAUUACGGAAAGUCUUUAUCACUUAUUCUAUGGACACGGCCAUGGAGGUGGUGAAAUUUGUGAACUUUCUGUUGGUGAAUGGCUUCCAAACUGCGAUUGAUAUAUUUGAGGAUAGAAUCCGGGGUAUUGAUAUCAUUAAAUGGAUGGAGCGCUACCUUCGAGAUAAGACAGUGAUGAUAAUCGUAGCAAUCAGCCCCAAAUACAAACAGGAUGUGGAAGGCGCUGAGUCGCAGCUGGACGAUGACGAGCAUGGCUUACAUACCAAGUACAUUCAUCGCAUGAUGCAGAUCGAGUUCAUAAAUCAAGGAAGCAUGAAUUUCAGAUUCAUCCCUGUGCUUUUCCCAAAUGCCAAGAAGGAGCACGUGCCUACUUGGCUUCAGAACACUCAUGUUUACAGCUGGCCCAAGAAUAAGAAAAACAUCCUGCUGCGGCUCCUUCGAGAGGAAGAGUACGUGGCUCCUCCCCGUGGUCCUCUGCCCACCCUUCAGGUGGUGCCUUUGUGACACCAGCCAUCUCCAG